CGAAUUUCCAAAACAAAAAAUAAAGAACGUCCUUAAAAAAAUCCGACAUUUGCUCUUGUUCUCUUAUACGUCAUUACCUGGUCAUGUCCACUUUCAGAGCCACCUGUUUCCCUGUCCUUGUCUCUCCCUCUCUUCCACCCUUAAUUCAAUCGUCGCAUUUUGAAGCUUCCUCUUCUCAUAAUAUUAAAGAAAAAAUAAUAAUAUACAAACACUCUUUUGAAUUAGUCAAAUUCAUGCUUCCAUGGAAUAUAAUUAAGUAAAAGUGUUCAAGAAAUAAUAUACACUGAAACUUUCAUGUAAAAGAUCUGUUCUUUUGUUUUGUUCUCUUAUGGUAAGCUAGAGCUGAAUAGCAAUAAAAAGAUUGAAAACCCAGCUCAAAUUCUUCGUUUUUGAAUCAAGAAAUGACCUCUAAUUUUUGGACAUCUCGCAUCGCCGCCGCUAAACAGCAGUAUGCGUCACCGCACCAUCAUCAGGGCUCCCAUCUAGAUCGUUUCAAUAUUGAUGAUUUCGAGGUAGAAGAAGAGGUUAGACCUGAUUUUCCAUGUCCUUACUGUUAUGAAGAUUUCGAUAUCGGGUCUCUGUGUUCGCAUCUUGAAGAUGAACACUCGUACGAGUCUAAAGUCGCCGUUUGUCCUAUUUGCUCUGUUAAAGUUGCUCAGGACAUGCUAAGUCAUAUUACAUUACAACAUGGACACUUGUUCAAGUUGCAGAGACGUCGCAGGUUACGUAGAGUUGCAAUUCCUAACAGUCAGGCAUUGUCUCUCCUUGGUCGUGAUCUCCGUGAGGCUCAUCUGCAAGUGCUGUUAGGGGGUGGUGGAUAUAGGUCAAAUAACACUAAUGCUAAUGUGUCCAAUGCCUCCGCUGAUCCAUUCCUUUCAUCCUUCAUUUUAAAUUUCCAUACAUCUGAAGCAGAAGAAAUUUCAAAAUCUGUGGUAACGAGUAUAGAGGAUUCUUCUGCAAAGAAUUCAGCACCAUCUCAUAUGUGGAAAUCAAGCGCUUGUAACCGUGGCCAACAUUGAACCUUAUGUGGAAACAUCCAUGUUAAAGUCUUGCUGGCAUCAAUGAACUUCUGUGUAGGAGGUUGGAGUUAAAGCUCCUGCUCAUAACUAACAAAGGCAAGGGUGGUGCUUGGUUGCUUGUUGGUUAAGGGUUGGGGUAAGGCCAAGGAUUUUUCUAAGAUUUAUUCCAGAAUAAAAACCAGAGAUACGAGCACUGCAAAGACUGAUAGAGACAUGCAUACACGGUGCCCGAACACACCUGUACAUUACAUGCAUCAUGCAUACAAUUGCAAGCAUGCACACACGUGUUUAAACAUUCUGAGUUUUGCCAGGUAGAGAGGUGAAUGAAUUAAUUGUAACUUGACAUGUUUAACUGAUAUUUGUUAUUUGGUAGUAGAAUUAAACAAGCAGGUGAUGAUUUGGCUGCUAA